AUGGGUACUUGCUGCAUACAAGACGGAAAUAAGAAAGGAUACAAUCUCAGAUACCAUAACAGAUUUGGAUGGUCACAUUUACUAUGCACAUGGCAAUGUCACAACAGCUGCAAACUUCUUGACGCUUUCAAGACUACAAAGAGAGAACAAAUGGUUGACUCCGACUCAGACAUUUUGAAUGCAAUUGAAGGAAUUGCAAGUGUCAAGUUCGAAUGGUACCAACCUAACCCUCAAGCAGUCAGACAACAUGCUGGAUACUUCCCGUUCAUAAAUAAGUCUGACAUUGACUUGACAAGGUAUGGAAUUUACAAUUCAAUUGAAACAAUUGUCAAUGAACCUUGUAUUCUUACAUGUCUCAGGAACUCUGGUCUUGUUACAGAAGAGAAGAUGAAGUAUCUUGAGUCAUGUGUGAAGACAAGGUACAUUCUCAGAGGUCAAUUGGCAAAAAUUGCACCGUUGGCAAAUGUCAAUAUCCGAGUCAACAUACCUACAGCUAAAGGUUCUUCACAUGACGACUAUGUUGUUGACAAAGACUUACCAUGGUUGAAGAUUGUAAUUGUCCACAACCACUUCAUGUUGAACGAAAGUCUUACAAACCCAUUGUUCGGAAAAGGCAAGUGCAACAUUGUCAGAGCUGUUAACAUUCUUUUCGAGAAAGGUUUGUUGGAACCAAUUCCAGAUGACAAGCUGACAGAAACUUUUGUACCAAAAGACGAAACAAACUUUUCAUUGUUAGCAAGACCAAAAGUUGUUCCAGACAAAGUUCUAGUACAAAAGAAGUACACAAUUCCAAAAGGAGUUGGAUUGUUCGGAUACCAACCUGAACCAGAAGAACUUCCAAUGAGGUUGCAAGAACUUCAAGAUGCUAUAA